GUUUCAGGCACCCUUGCAAGCUUGCGUUCAGCGCAGCCCCCGCCUUGCGUUUCGCGCAUUGCAGUUGGGCCAUGGCGGGUGAGACCAUGCAGGCUCGCGUGGAGCGCGUCCAGGAGCAGAUCUUCGACAUCAUCAAGGAGUACACGUUGAGCCAUUGCCCCCCGAUUCUCCAGUUGCGCGACCAGGCGGUGCGAUUGUUGCGGAAGGAGGGUCUGCUGAGGCGCCAGAAAACGAAUGGGCGCUACGUGGCCGUGCACCCGCGGAACAGGUACGGCGAUGGCAUAAUUCCAUCCCACGUGCGCACGCUGGUGCGCAGUUUUUGCAGCGACGGGUUCAGCAUGGAUGAGGUGGGCGUGCCCUUUGCCAUCGAGAUGCCACCCCCAUCUCACCAGCGCCACGCCGAGGCACUCGAGUUCAACGGAGACCUUGUCAAGGAAUCCCACGGCUUCUUGCCGCCAUACGACGAGGGCGAGAUCAAAAUCCUUAGCGUGAGCAAGUCGCACACGACCCAGGCGACCCGCUGCAUUCAGUUUGGCAGCCCUACAGAUUCAGAUAACGUCGAGUUCGGUACCGACGGGAAGCUUGACAUCCACAAGAUCGGGUUGAAGCGCCCCACGUUGGCAGAUGCUGCGAAGGAGGGGUUUGAAUGGGACGUGCUUGUCUGGCAGGCUGAAGACGCAUUCGGCGCCAUUAUAGACUUGCCCCAGGAGUCUGGAAAUGCUGCGCAGAAGGUUUCCAUGAAUGAGACUAGGUGGGAGACCUUGUUCAAGAUGCACGGGGGCGCGCAGAAGAUCGUCACCAACUUCGAAGCCAAUAAAAAGGAGGGCGACAUCUUGAACCCCGACAUCCAGAGUUUGGCGACGUUUGCGAGGAAGCUCGCUGGUGGACCAGACGCACCGAAUUUGAAGGAGCUUCGGGCUUUCAACCGUUCGUGCCAGAAGCCGCGCAUUGUGCAGGGCCCCGUCUUGGCGGCGGUGGCUGAUGCAGUGAUCGGCUCGGAUGGUUUGGGCUGCAUUCCCUUCCGCAUUGAUUGCGUAAAGGCAAUGAUGAGCGCCGACAGCAAGUAUGCAUCGGGCGACUUUCAGAACCUCUUUGCAUCGGGUGGCUUCGGGCUUAAGCUCACGAGUAACAAGGAAGUUCAGCGCAUGAUCUCGCAGGCAGACAUCAUGAAAUCGAUGGCUAUAGACAUCGCAAAAACUGUCAACCUGUCAGAAGACAACGCGGCCGUGAAGACGUUGAUCAACAGGUUCGGCAUGAGGCUCGUGCACCAUUGCAUGAAGAAGCCCGACCCCAGGAGCCAAAAGUUCGAGUCGCUUCACCACAUCGGCUACGAGCACGUGCAAGACCUGGCUACCAUUGCAGGCACGCAGAUCACAUCCCCGUGGGCGAAGAAAGGAGCCCCGCCCAAAGCUCCCGCGCAGCAAGCUGCGGCUUCUGCACAAGUGCAGAGCGUAGGCGGAAUCGCCGACAGGAUGCACAAAUUGGCAAGUAUGGGCGUGAGCGCCAAUUGCCACAUCGAGGUCAUCAAGAUGAAAACUGUAUACAAGGUGCAGGAAGUCAAGGAGGAUGAGAUCAAGCUGCAGAGCAUCGGCGAUGGGAGCGACUACACAGUCGAUUCGGCAUACCUCCUGAAAUCGCUACUCACCCCGCGUGCACAAGAGUUCAAGGUGAUCACAAAACGCGAGCCGAAGAAGGACGCCGCGCUCUCCCCCUUCCACGCUUGCAAGCCGUAG